GCUGGAAACAAAGCCUAAAAGAAUGAAAUGGUUUGUCGUACUCUUCAUGGAUGACCUGGGCCAUAUAUCCCAGUGGAGUGCCAUCAUGGCUGGAAGUCUCGCAGGCAUGGUUUCCACCAUUGUAACAUAUCCUACAGACCUCAUCAAAACGCGCUUGAUUGUGCAGAAUAUGCUGGAACCAUCUUAUAGGGGGAUCCUCCAUGCUUUUUCUACUGUUUAUCAACAGGAAGGAUUCCUGGCCCUUUAUCGAGGAGUUUCCCUUACAGUUUUAGGUGCUCUCCCUUUCUCUGCUGGCUCUCUUCUAGUUUACAUGAAUCUGGAGAAAAUCUGGAAUGGACCCCGAGAUCGCUUCUCUCUCCUCCAGAACUUUGCCAACAUCUGCCUGGCUGCUGCGGUGACCCAGACCCUCUCCUUUCCCUUUGAUACAGUGAAGAGGAAGAUGCAGGCUCAGAGCCCCUUUCUUCCCCGCUGUGGAGGAGUAGAUGUCCAUUUCUCAGGAGCCACGGACUGCUUCCGGCAGAUAGUGAAGGCCCAUGGGGUACUGGGACUCUGGAAUGGAUUGGCAGCCAACUUACUGAAGGUAGUUCCAUAUUUUGGAGUUAUGUUUGGUACCUUUGAGUUCUGCAAGAGAAUUUGUCUUUACCACAAUGGUUACAUUGUGUCUCCUCUGAGCUAUAAAUUGACCCCAGGGGUGGAUCAGAGUUUGAAACCCCAGGAAUUACGGGAAUUAAAGAAGUUCUUCAAAACUGGAAAACUAAAUUCUAGAAAACCAACUCUUUAAAACUGAAUGAAACUAGAAGUGCACUGACCGAAGGCGUUUUGCAAUCACGGAUAAAUUUAGCUUCAAAAUUGCGCAACUGUGGAGUGAGGAGAGGAUACUCGUGUCUGCUGCUCUUGGAAAUGAGAAGACUCAGCCAUAGGCCACCUCUGAGCUCCAAACUGAUGUCCCUGGGAACACCUGCAGCUCAGGAAGGUUUCCCAACAUGACCGUCUCCUGAUGGCAUUCCACCAGAUUUUAUAACAAAAGCUAGCAGUAAUGAUAUGUGCUAUUUACACAGUACCAAAGAAAGGGCAUUCCUGUGACACCUCAAAGCAACAUGUAGUUGAAGUGGCUGAGCAGAGACCACGUCAUGCUCUCAGUCACAGCGUCACAGCUUGUACUAACCCACAUCAGCUUAGUUUUGCUCAAUUUGACCUGAGGAUUCCUAAUAUAAUCGCUCUGGAACUCAUAAGUUUUGCUGACUCCUGAGUGCACACACCACAGUGUAAAUUAUCCUUCUCAGAAGCUAAUUGAAAAUAUUUAACGUUUAAACAUUAUGAGUGUCAUAGUAGAACCAUCCUUUAGCUAAAUUUGAAGCAUCCCAGGCUUAAAUCUUGUUUCAGGAAGGCAGUUUUUAUCAUGACUGCCUAAUUAUGCUCCAAAAGGCCUUCUUUGAAUUGCAGUCAUGUACAGUGUAAGUGGCCUGAAUUCUCUGCCUUUUUUACUUGCUUUGCAAGCCUACCCUGAAAAUAAAUUAUUUAGUCAACUUAAGUUAUUCUCAGAAGAUGUCCCAGUUGCCUAGAAAGGAUCAAAUAGAGCAUUUGACACACAUACCAAAAAAACAUAAAUAACUGAGCAAACACUUUAGGCUAAUCAUGUCUACCAGAUUUUUAAAAAGUCAAAUUUUGGAUUGUUCCACCUUGGAGAUUCUAUGUCAAGUUUAUAGAACUGUACUUUCAAAUAGUGCCAGUCUUUGCAUUAAAAAUAUCUAAUAUUAUGAUACUAAUUUAUACAUACGCAAGUAUGUUAAAAGUAUUUUCCCUAUUAAACCUUUUUAUUUCCAAAUAAAAAUUAUGUGUUGGUCACUUAUUAUUACUAAUCUGAGUUAUAAAACUAUGGUAAAAUAUGUACUGGCCAAAAUCUUUAAACUCUCAGAACCUUGUCCUAUUGAAAUAUACCAAAAUAACUCAUUUUUCCAAUUGCCAUGACAGAUUGUGUUUCAUGGGGAAUAGCAGUUAAUACACACAUGAAAAUCUCAUUGGUAGCCCAAUCCUUUAGAGUUUGGAGGGUGGAAACUCUUUACCUGGAGUGACUAGUUCAUGUUUGUUAUUCUCUAUUUCCCUUGAGGUGAACUACUUUUUGACAUUGUGAGAGCUGCAAAAAAAAUUAUAACUAAAUCUAAAAUCUUAACCUCAGUUUACUUACCUCAUAUCUUCUGUGCAUUCUUCCACAGGUAUGAUGAAAUAGAUAGCUAAAUUCUUGCUACUGCUACACACAGUAAUGUUUUUGGAGCUGUUGUUUUGAUAUUUUUAAAUAAAGUAAAGAGGGAAAA